GAAGAGAAUCGCGGGAGGAGGUGGGAUCUGUAGCAAAGCAAAUGUCCCUUUUGAUGCUGCCUGGUGCAUUUCCUUGCGGUGGAGGUGCUCGUGGUCGAGAGUGAGGAGGGGGCAAAUCCUGCUCACCUUCCUGCUUCUACCCGGAGCUCCAGGAAGCCUCCUUCACCCUGAAGAAGGAGCUGAAGCUUCAAAGCCCCUUUACUGGAGAAGAUCUACAAGGUGGAAUUUCCAAGGUGGUAAUAGACCUCCAUCCCUUGGAAGGGACUCUGUCAGAGGCUGCUUUGGAGCAGAUCAAAGAUGGAAAAGGAAGACAUGGCUGGCUAUAAAGCAGGAAAAGGCCCUGAGGCCAUCCAGCCUGGGAGGACUGGGGAAUUCUGGGAAAAUAUUGAGCAGAAUAUCCAGGAAGAGGACACCAGCAGCUCAAAUGCACUGUGCCAGCGCUUCAGGCAAUUCCGCUACCAGGAGACUGAGGGGCCCCGAGAGGUUUGCAGCCAACUUCACCACCUUUGUCGUCAGUGGCUGAAGCCAGACACACACACAAAAGCUCAGAUGCUGGACCUGGUGAUCCUGGAGCAGUUCCUGACUUUCCUUCCCUCGGAGAUGGAGAGCUGGGUCAGAGAAUGCGGAGCAGAGACCAGUUCCCAGGCAGUGGCCCUGGCAGAAGGUUUCCUCUUGAGCCAGGCAGAGGACAGGAAGCAGGAAGAGCAGCAGAUGCAAGGACUGUUGUCAGAAGCUGUCCCCAGUUUCCACGAGUCAGAAAAGUCUCCAUCGGACACUGGGCAGAGGCCACUGUCCAACGGGGUCUCGCAGGAGGGGAGUAGAGGUGACACUUUUCUGGGUGCUGGGAUGACACUGCCUCUACAUUCCCAGCCAUCUCUUCCUUCUUGUGGAGUGGAAGGCACUUCAGGACGACCAGAUCAGGGUCACGUGACCUUUGCAGAUGUGGCCGUGCAUUUCACAGAGGCUGAGUGGGCUCUUCUGGAUGCUGACCAAAGGGCUCUGCACAGGGAAGUCAUGGAGGAGAACAACGGGCAUGUGGCCUCCCUGGCAGGUGAGAGCUGUGGGAAGAAGAAUGAGAAAAAACCCAGCAGAGGAUUGCUGGGAGGUGCCAAAUGGAAAAAGAGGGAACAACAGAGAAAGAAAACUGAAACAAAAUGGAAGAACAGGGUUGGAUCAUCUCCUUCUCAGCAUGAUGAUGGAAUGCAAAAAGCAAUGCAGGAAGAAACCGAAAGAAGCUUGCAGCCUCUGAGUAGUAAAAGCUUCAGUUCUGAACCAGGCUUUCAACUUCAGUGGAAAAUACACACAGGAGAGAAACCAUAUAAAUGCUUGGUGUGUGGAAAGAGCUUCAGCAAGAAUGGAAAACUUACUGUGCAUCUAAGAAUCCACACAGGAGAGAAACCAUAUACUUGCCUGGAGUGUGCAAAGAGCUUCAGCCGGAAGGGAGCUCUUACUGUACAUCAUAGAACCCACACAGGAGAGAAACCAUAUACAUGCUUGGAGUGUGGAAAGAGCUUCAGUGAGAAUGGAAAGCUUACUGUGCAUCAAAGAACCCACACAGGAGAGAAACCAUAUACAUGCUUAGAGUGUGGAAAGAGCUUCAGUGAGAAUGGGAAGCUUACUGUACAUCAAAGAACCCACACAGGAGAGAAACCAUAUAAAUGCUUGGAGUGUGGAAAGAGCUUCAGUGAGAAUGGAAUGCUUACUAGGCAUCAAAGAACUCACACAGGAGAGAAACCUUAUCAAUGCUUAGAGUGUGGAAGGAGCUUCAGGCAGAAGGGAACUCUUACUUUACAUCGUAGAAUCCAUUUUGGGGGGAAACCUAUAAAUGACUGGAGUGUGGAAAGAGCUUCAGUGAGAAUGGAAAGCUUACUGUGCAUCAAAGAACACACACAGGAGAGAAACCAUAUAUAUUCUUGGAGUGUGGAAAGAGCUUCGGCGACAAUGGAAAAUUUACUGUGCCUCAAAGAACCCACACAGGAGGCAAACCAUAUAAAUGCUUGGAGUGUGGAAAGAGCUUCAGCCAGAAUGGAAUGCUUAUUAGGCAUCAAAGAAACCACAAAGGAGAUAAACCAUAUAAAUGCUUAGAGUGUGGAAAGAGCUUUAGGCAGAACUCUUAUUUUUCCAUUCUGGGAAGAAACCUGUACAUGCUUGGAGUGUGGAAAGAGUUCAAGCAAGAGGGAAGCUCUUAUUGUACAUCAUGGAAGCCACAAAGGAGAGAAACAAUAUAAAUGCUUGUAGUGUUGAAUGAUCUUCAGGCAUAAGGAAACUCUUACUUUACAUCAUAGAAUCAAUUCUAGAGAGAAACCCUAUAAGUGUUUGGAGUUGGUAAGAUCUUCAAUCAACACAUAAAUCUCACUUCAUAUCCAAGGAUUCUGAAUGGGGAAAUUGACAGUGUGUGUGUGUGUGUGUGUGUGUGAGAGAGAGAGAGAGAGAGGAGUAUUUCUGUUAAACUGCUAAAAAAAAACCCAUUAAGAUGAUUUUCAGAAUGAAAUGUAACACAUAGGGAAUGUUUCCUACACAUAAGAAGGGAGGUUUCAGUUAGGAGGAAGUUGGAGGUUGUAGAAAAAAGAGCAGUUUUAGGUCUGGAAGGGAAGGAGUCUUCUGGUAAGAACUAACCUGCCUACUUUCCUUUCGGUAUAAUCUUCACAAAUUAGCCCACUUCAGCCUUAAACGUUCACACAUCCACCAUCAUGAACUGAGGUGGAUGACAUCAUCACAAACUAUGCCAUUGAGGUGUCCCUCUGGGUCUCUACAACUGUUCCAAUUUUGGUUCAAAUCGGUUAGCCCACUUGUGCCAAACAGUCACACAUCCACCAUCUUGAACUGGAGUGGAUAACAUCAUUACAAACUAUGCCUUUGAGUUCUCCCUAUGUCCCCAUAGAACUGUACAAUAUUAGGUCCAAAUUGGUUUCCACUUGUGCCUCACGUGUUCAUGCAUAUGCCAUCUUGAAUAGGGGUGGAUGACAUCAUUUCAGACUAUGCCCUUGAGCUGCCCCUAUAUGUCCCUACAGCUAUAACAAAUUUGGGUCAAACAGUUACGCAGUUAGGCAUAAGUUAGCAGAGUUACGCCUCAAACAUUCGUGUGUCCACCAUCUUGAAUGGGGUGGAUGAUACCAUCACAAACUACGCCAUUGAGGUGUCCCUAUGUGUCCCUACAGCUGUAGCAAAUUUGGUUCAGAUCGGUUAGGCGGCUCACAAGUUAGCCCAGUUACACCUCAAACGUUCAUGCAUCUUCCAUUUUGAAUCGGGGUAGAUGACAUAAUUACAAACAGCACCAUUGAGGAAUUUUUGUAGAGCCACUGCUGGUCAAUGUAGACCAGGCCUGUGCAAUGUGAGGCCCAGGGGCCACGUCCAGCCCGCAGGGACUUCUUUGCUGGCCCCCAGGCAGGAAUAUCCAGCAGCAACAGCAGGACCCAUGAAGAGCUCUCAGCUCGUCCCCGUGGUGAGCAGCAGUGGCUCAAUGCAGUUGGGAGCUUGAGACCAGAUGAGAUGCAUGUGGCAGCAAUGGACCAAUGAGUGAGUGAGCCGGUUGCUGCAAGAGCGGUUGAUCGAGUGGGUUGGAACAGCAGCAGCAGCAUCAGGUGGACACAUGCAGAGCACAGCCCCAAAAGGCAGAGGGUCACUCCUUCGGCCCUUCCUCUCUCCUCUCAGGAAACUGCCUUACAGCACCCCCCUACACAUGUUGCCGCCUUUGGAAUAUGUCCCACCGUGUACUACCCAUUGAGGCUGACUCCCAAGCAAGCCUACCUAGGAUUGCAGCCUGAAAGCAAGAGCCAUUGAGGGAGAGGAGAGGCCUUGGCAUUUGUUUGGGGCUGUCAUAGGUGCCCCACGGACUGAGCAGGGGUGGUGCCCAUUUUCUGGCCACUCCCUUUGGUUAAUAUUGUGGGUCCUGUGAAUAGGGGAAAUCCACAGAUUGCUAAUAAUCGCUUUCAUUAAUAUGGCUAAUGAGUUUUAAUGUAAUGUGCUGAAAAGAGAGAAGAGCCGAUCUUGUGCUAGCAAGCAUGACUUGUCCCCUUAGCUAAGCAGGGUCUGCCCUGGUUGCAUAUGAAUGGGAGACUUGAUGUGUGAGCACUGCAAGAUAUUCUCCUUAGGGGAUGGAGCCACUCUGGGAAGAGCAGAAGGUUUCAAGUUCCCUCCCUGGCAUCUCCAAGAUAGGGCAGAGAGAGAUUCCUGCCUGCAGCCUUGGAGAAGCCGCUGCCAGUCUAUGAAGACAAUACUGAGCUAGAUAGACCAAUAGUCUGACUCAGUAUAUGGUAGCUUCCUAUGUAUGACCUCGCCUCCCGUACCCCAAGUCAUGGUUGAUUCUGGUCCACUGGGGCAUUUGUGUGGUACAGCCCUGGUGUAGACAAUUCGGAGCUAGAGGCACCAAUCCUGGGACUCGGUCUAAGGCGACUUCCUGUGUCCUUGAGACUGUAGCCCUGCUGUGACUUCAAUGUUACAGUAUGUGUUGCUGAGAGGAAUAUAUUUAGAAAUGGCUGCUUAUCUCUAAGUAACCCUUUCUGCUUAAAAUAGUUAGAUGUUUGGGGAUUUUUAAAACUUCUGUAUCUUGUUCACGUCACAUGCCUAAAAAACCAAGGGCCAGAUUGAGACUGCAGACUGAGAGUGGGAAGGGAAGAGGAAGGUUGGCGCUGCAUCUCAGCUGGGCCCGUGUUAAGUGUUUGCCUUGAUCCACCCCUCAUUUGGGGACAUAAGCCAUGUGCUUUGCCAAGGGCUUGAGCUAAAGGGCAAGAGCUAUAGGGCUCUGGCUCUAGGGCUUGAAUAAGAAGAGUCGACUCCUGUGCAGAGCUCUGAGUUGGCAGCUGCUGAACUGGCCCACUGGCAGGCAAGCACUUGCUUGAGUCUGAAGACUUUGUACGGCCAGGAAGGAGGUAACAAUUGGCUCUGCAUGGCAGUUUGCAGCCAAGUGAGGCUACAUUUAGUGUCCGUUAAGGCCUCCAAGCAGCCCUGCCAUCCCCCUUGCAAGUGAGAGGGAGAGAAGAAGGGCAGAAGCUAUAGACUAGUCCAAUCCAUGGAAGAGGAUACCCUCCCCAGGGGAGCCCUCCCCUCCCUCCCUCCCUCCCCCACUACCACGUGGCGGAAUUGUUAGCAUGCCCCCAAAGCUUUGACUUGAUGAGGAGUGUGCCAACCUCUUCCUUCAUUAUUUUAUUUUCCUUGUGGAUAAGUGUGGCGAAAAAUAUUAGCUCAUAACUUUGAUCCAAUUAAAUAUGCUUGCCAGAC